UUUUAGGACAUUCACAACACAAUUACAUGGAACAAAAUGGCAUCUGAAAUUGGCAAGGAGGGGGUCUUCCAGGCACCCCAGGCAGCUCAAGCCCAAGCCAAGCCAGGGCUGGAGAAGAAAAUGGCACCCGCGAGUGAAGCCACCAAACUGGAAUCCAGUGGAACCUUCAUUGAGUACAUCGGUUCUGGGAAACUGAAGGACAAAAAGGCCCUCAUCACCGGCGGCGAUUCGGGAAUCGGCCGAUCGGUCGCGGUCCUAAUGGCACGAGAAGGGGCCGACGUCACGAUUGUAUACCUGCCAGAAGAGGAACAAGAUGCCCAAGAUACCAAGAAAAUGGUUGAAUCUGAGGGCAGAUCAUGUCACCUCUUUGGUGGUAAUCUGGCCAAUCGUGAGACGUGUCGCAAGGCUGUUGAGGAGCACAUGAACGCUUAUAAGAAACUGAACAUUCUAGUCAACAAUGCCUCGAAGCAAUACAUGUGCAAAGAUUUCUCGCAGAUCGAUCUCGACAAUGUUACCGACACCUUCGAAAGCAACAUUAUCCAGAUGUUCGCCGUCACAAAAUUUGCCCUCCCGCAUUUGUCCAAGGGAGAUUCCAUUAUAAACACUACUUCCACCGUGGCAUUCCGAGGCACAAGCAGCAUGGUCGACUAUAGUGCGACUAAAGGUGCUAUUGUUAGCUUUACCAGAUCAUUGUCCGCGCAGCUGAAGCCGAAGGGUAUCCGCGUUAAUGCAGUAGCCCCUGGUCCCGUGUAUACACCCAUUCAGGUUGAUACCCGAGAGCCCGAACAGAUGGAAAACUUUGGGGCUGGAUCUUCUAUCGGUCGACCUGGCCAGCCAAGCGAAGUCGCUACCAGCUUCAUCUUUCUGGCGAGCGCAGACGCUUCGCUCUUUUACGGUCAGAUUCUACACUGCUAUCCCCUAGGGGAUUAAAAUAAGUUUCAUGGUGCGGAGGUGAUCGUCGGCUUGCCGCCAUGACGACUUUGCAUUCCAUCGUUACUGACUCGCUCCAGAACAUAUCUCUGGGGCUUGUUAUGAGAAAAUGUGUACAUGUAUCAUAGCUUUGAAUCUCAGUGUAAUGCGUAAAGCGAUCAAUACAGAAGCCACGGCUUCGCCUGUAUG